GUAGGUAAACGAGGAAGAAACCGCGAGCGCCAUUUCGUGUUUAGUUAAUGAAAAUCUCCUCGAUUUUCCUGAAAUAUUCGAGGGCUUGUGUUACACAGUGUAGAGCAACGUCAAUGAGUUGCUGAGAUUUAUCAUGAAAAGGCGUACGGCGCCCAAAGCUUCGUUAUUUUUGCUUUGGUUUUCUUUGACAAGUUGUGUCGCGAAACGGACGGGUGGCUUGCACUUUUCUCGACUAUCGCAAGAAUUCGCGAAAUCUGGUGGAAAUGUAGAAAGUAGUGAUCGAGUUAAACGAUCCUUGGAUAAUGAAGACGACACAAAAAGCUCAAAAAAAGAUGAUUUUGUUCCCGCAAACGCCAUGUACCCAGAGAUAGCCAUUCAUAAUCUAGAACAGACCUCUGACAAGAUUGAGACGGAUAUGUACCGAAAAUCAAACAUUCCUACAGCCGAGGACCCUGUUCUGGACAGCAUGCGACACAAAUUGAUUGGCAGCAAGGCUGUGUAUAAUAUUGAUAAUGACGUCUCCCUUGAGGUUCCCCUCACGUCAAAAAUCAACGUAGAACGAAUAGAGAAAGUUGCGAAAAGGAAUACUAUCCCAAAAGAAAAGGAAGUAAACAGGCUUCAUAAGGGCAAGGAGGCUUCAACAUUCAGUCAAGAUGGCAAUUUAUAUUCGUACGAAAGUGAUCAUAACGGACCUAAACACACAAAAAAGGAAGGGUCUUCUAAGACAAAUGCAGUCAAUCAAAUUGCUAGUCGUCGACGUGAUGUUGUACCCGAUAUUCUGAGCAAUUCCUUGAUCGAUCCUUCAGAUGAAGAUUUUCAAGAUAAAGAGAAGUCUGCCGACCUCGAAAUCCAUGCUGACUCCACUGGUGUGCGAGUAAAGGCGAAGCCUGCUUCCCUGCAGGUUGUGUCUAAUCCCCAAGAUGUUGUUGCCGAACGCCGAACAUUUACUCCUGUUCUUCCCAGUAUGGUGCGCCCCCAUCGUCGUCAUUUCCACCGAAUGCGACCUCUAUCCUUUAUGCACUCGCCAUUGAUCAGACGCCACCACUUUCAUCGUCGUCAUAUGUUACCGUGGUUACGACAUCGCCAGCAUAUCAUGUAUCCAGAUAUUUUUGAGCGCAUGCGUUUCAAUACCAUGCCAGGAGUGGAAAGUGGCUUUGGAAGCCCGCCCUUCUCUUUCUCGCAACCAUUGCCUCCUAUGAUGAAUGCUCCAACACCUAUGAUGCCUGAAGCAUCUGCUAUGGCUUUCAUGGCACGCGAAGGAGCCAUGACUACACCCAAUAUACAACAAUUUCUUCAACGAUCACCAACCAUGGAAGCAAAUUCUGCAAAUCGAUUUGCCAUUCCAGAUAAUUCCAUGAAUGAAAUGGCCCCUCGGGCAUUGUCUCCUUUUGGAGGUAUGUCGCCAAUAGGGGGGAUGUCCACCCUAGGGCGAAUGGGAUCAAUGUUUGGGAUGCCUGGCAUGAACAAUGUUGGCGGACAAAUGCCCUUUAUGGGAGGAAUGGCUUCCAUGGGAAAUAUACCUCCCAUGAAUAGACUGACACAAAUGGAAUCAAUGAUGGGCAUGCCACUAAGAACACCGUUCGAUCAAGGUGCCAUGCGUCGCAAAAACGUUUUGGAGUUCUGGGGCAUGCCAAACCAGGAUCAAUUGCAAGCCCUAGCCAGAGGGGAAAACGUUCAAAAAAUCCUCGGUUUAAAUCGAUACAAGGAAGGACUUGGUGAUUUUUCGUCCUAUGGGAUGAGCCCUUUCGAUAGAAUGAGCUCGGAUUUGGGUGGCCGUAGCUUCGAAGCAAGUGACAUGAGAGGUGAUGGCUCAAUGGGUCCAUAUAGUGGCACAAGUAGCGCCAUGUUUCGUGGAAUGUCAAAUGAAUUAUCCAACAUGAUGGGCAUGAGACGAGGUGGGUUUUUCAAGAAAGAUAAAAUCAACAAAACUGAUGAGUACAAGAAAGCCAACAACAAGACAAGUGACUUGUCUGCAAGCGGUAACAACAAAGCCAGUGGCAGUGUUGGCCAUAACUCGGCCGGAAAGUUUGAUCAAGGAAUCGCAAAGAACGUUAGAAGCUUAAUUGCAGAAGGAAAACAUGUUGCUUUUAGCGAAGAGUCCGAAUUACAUCGUGAACACCGUAUUCGUAAGUCACCUCGUAUGAUUCACGAUAAUGAAAGACGAUCACUAAAUGAAAAUCACAGCAGCAAGCGCUCUUCGAAGAAUCAAAAAACGAAAGAUAUUAGAGGAUCCAAAAAGGAGGACAUCUCUGUUCAUCGUCCUCCAAUCAUAUAUCAUCCUCCACCCGAGGUAUAUCACCGACCGGACAUUGUGCUUCAUCGGCCUCCAGUGCUCUUCCAUAGACCACCCAUCGUGUAUCACCAAGCACCGGUCAUUGUCCACAGACCUCCGGUCGUCUAUAGGCAAUCACCUGUUAUAUUUCACCGACCUCUGCCUUUGGUAAGCCAGCCAAUAUAUAGAGCCUGGGAUAACUUCUUCACGCAUCCAGCCUUAACUCAUAUUGGCUCUAGUUACACGCAUGCUCACAACUAUCUUGGCUAUCCGUGGCCCACGAGAGGUUAUAAGAAAGGUGCCGUACCACGCAAACCAAAGAAAGCGAAAGAGAAUAAGACAGCGGGCUCAAAGAAUAUAGAGAGGCGCAAUAAAGUUCCUCGCUCGAAGCAGAAGACGAAGGGAAAAGUCGAUAAGAAAAAUAAGGUUUCACAGAAGAAAAAGAAAGAUGUGGUCGUUAAUCGACCACCCAUUAUUUAUCAUCCCCCACCGGAAAUUUAUCAUCGGCCAGAGAUCGUCGUUCACCGUGCGCCACUUCUUAUUCGGCGCCCGCCAAUAAUCUAUCACCAGCCUGCAGUUAUCGUGCAUAGGCCUCCGGUGGUUUAUCACCAGCCUCCUCUAAUAUUCCAUCAACCUGCGCCCACGGUCAAUCAACCGGUACUUUACUCACACGACAAUUUUAUUGUUCAUCCGUCGUUUUCUGCGACGCACAGCGGAUCAUUUGUGAGCGAUGCGGGACAAGUUCUGGGUAUCCCGAAUACAGUCUCUGCACCGGGUGGAAUGGGAUUCCCAUUCCAGACCCCUCCUAGGUUGGGUGUUGCUCCCAUUUCACCGCUUUCACCAAUAGGAAGACGUAGACGGUCGACGCGCCACCACAUACCAUCAGGUUCACACAAUGAACCUCACGAAAGUCCUGUAUUUACUGAAAGCGAUGUGGUUAGUAAAGAAACUUAUCUCGAUACACCCGGUGAGGAUAUAAGGCAUUCGGGCGUCCUUUAUGUGAAGAGGCACGAAGGUACAUCUGCGGAUAAGGCGAUGGGUGAAACUGACGACGAAGCAAAACACUCCACACAAAAUGAUAAAAUGAAAAAGAAAGGCCUCAAGAAAAAGACAUCGAAUGCUAAAAAGAAAAACGCGAUUGUUGUAAAACGCCCUCCAAUUAUUUAUCAUCCCCCGCCAGAGGUGUAUCAUCGACCAGACAUCGUAGUGCAUCGUGCACCGAUCGUCAUUCAUCGUUCACCACUCGUGUAUCAUCAAGCGCCUGUCAUUGUGCACAGACCUGCGAUUGUGUAUCAUCAACCAAUGGUCGUUUUUCACCAGCCUUUGCCCAUGGUCAAUCAACCUAUGUACAUGUCUCAUGACAUUUAUACACCCCACAAUACAUUGGCUCUUGGCGGGAGUACUCUGCACAAUUUUGGCGUAUUCCAGGGGUCACCUCCUGGUCCCUACGCCACAAGGAAAGGUGCAGUCCCGAAAAAUGUUGAAGGUAUAAACCGUAAUAAGAUUCCAAAGGACUCCAAAAUGAUGGGAAAAAAGAAACCUACCUCUACAGUCAAUGACGACAAGCACGAGAUUACAUCCUCUCAUGGUCAUUCUCAAUUGCGGAAGCUUAUUCUUUCCUCGAAGAAAGGCAAAAAUACUGAUGGAACUAAUCAUUCGAGAAAGCAAUCACAGAUAUCACCUCGAUCUUCUCUAGAACUUCGACGACCUUCACUUUUUCUUUUAAAUCCAGCAGAUUUAGCAUCAUAUUUCGAUCGUUCUCAUGUUUUGAUUACAUUACCUUAUCGUGGCGCACACUCUGGCAACCCUCUUCAUAAUUCAAUGGUUCCAGGUACAGUUGAGGUCAAAGACACUGUUCACGUGCAUGAUUUCGGUGUACCUUCUCAUAGUCACGUGGUACGACAACAAGGAAAUAGUCAUGCGGUUUUACAUCACGGAUACGUCACACGUCAUGCGGACUGUCCUGAUGUAUGCACUAACUGCCGAGCACAAAAUUGUCCUUCAGUUUGUUCUCCACAUUGUAUUUCUAUCAUUCAUCAUCAACAUCACAAACCACAUCAUGUGUUUGUAGACGAGCAACAAGAACAUCAACUUGCACAAACUCAUUUCCACGAUUAUCACUGGCCUGCGCAACACCACCAUGGCCGACGUGACACCGACUUCAAGAACACUGAAAUCAAAGGAAAUGACAAUAACGUUGAAAAAGAGACGAUCGGCGAACCUCUUUACAAAUCAUAUAAACGUUCGUAUGCACCAUGUGUACCUAACAGUCCAACAUGUUAUCAUCCCGUAGCCAUCUACCAUGAUCAUAUUCAUCCUACUGAAGUCUAUCAUAAACAUCAUUAUCAUCCGUAUCCAGUGUAUCAAUCUUAUGAACAUAUUAAACCCAUUGUGUACCAUCAUAUCCAACCGUAUCCCGUACAUCAUCAUCAUACCGAACAUAUUUACGAUAACUGGCAUCAUUAUCAUGUUUUGCCUCCAAAACCUUAUCCUGUUCCAAUACCCAAAGCUGUGGGAGUACCAUUUCCUGUUCCGAUACAGAAAGCUGUGGGAGUACCAUUGCCUGUUCCGAUACAGAAAGUUGUGAGAGUACCAUUGCCUGUUCCGAUACACAAAGCUGUGGGAGUACCAUUGCCUGUUCCAUGUUCAUCCCCAUCUUGUAGUUUUCCCAUUACUCAUCGUGUUUCGUAUCGAUCCACCAUACCACACCAUAGUAAAGAAAAAGAAAUUUCAACCAAAACAGUUGCGAAGAAGUCAAACACACCAAAAAACAAGAAAAAAGAUGUUGUGGUUAACCGACCUCCGAUAAUCUAUCAUCCACCUCCUGAGGUGUAUCAUCGUCCCCAGAUUGUGGUCCAUCGUGCACCUGUUUUAAUACAUCGCCCGCCUAUUGUUUACCAUCAACCAGCAGUCAUCGUUCACCGGCCACCAGUCGUAUACCAUCAAAGACCCGUUGUGUUUCAUCAGCCAUUGCCAACAGUUAAUCAACCGGUCCUAUACUCGCAUGAUAACUUUAUACUUCAUCCUGAAAUGAUUGCCAGUCAUGCUGGUACAAUGUUGCAAAGUUUGGGCCACGUUCUGGGCAUUCCAAAAGGUCCUAUUUUAAACUAUCCGGGCUUAUUACCCGGAUACGGUGGUCCGGCAAGCCCUUUCGGUGGCGUUAACAGUCCUGCCUUUGGUAUUGGUCCUGGCCUUGGUAUGAUGCCCUACGGACCAACGUUUGGUAGAAAGCGACGAAGCAUAAAAGAGGAUUCACGUGAUAAGAAAAAUAUCGAUAAAAAAUACCGGGACGCUUCAAGGAGAAGUUUGAAAAGUCGAAGUGCGGAACGAAAAAACGCUAUCGUUGUACACAGACCACCGUUUAUAUAUCAUCCAGCUCCUGAAAUCUAUCACAGACCCCGAGUUGUUGUCCAUCGUCCGGAUGUUCUCAUCCAUCGUCCGCCUAUCGUGUUUCAUCAAAGUCCCGUAGUUCUUCAUAGGCCACCGGUUGUUUACCAUCAGCCUCCUCUGGUCUUUCAUCAACCAGCUCCGAUGAUGAGUCUACCAGUUUAUCAUUCUCAUGAUACGUAUGCUCCGCACAGCAUGCUCAGUCUUUACGGUUCAAAAAUUCUACAUGGCGGAACUUACACUGGCGUUCCAUUCGGUGAAAGUGGAGGAUUUAAUGGUGGUUUUGAAGAUUUCAAUGGUCCAUUUGCCCAUGGAUUUGGGCGAUCGACGAUUGAGAAUCCAAAACGAGCUGCUUAUAAAAAACGUCAUAAAACCAAGUCAAAACAUCAUAAGAAACACACAAAGAAAGUGAAAGAUUCGUACACUAGGAGUGAGAAAGCAGAUCGUAAGAAUUCUGUUAUGGUACAAAGACCUCCAAUUCUCUUUCAUCCUCCACCGGAAGUUUACCAUCGACCUGCAUACGUUUAUCACCAACCGGAUAUAGUCGUACAUAGACCACCAACUGUUUAUCAUCAAUCACCAGUCGUUGUUCAUCGUCCGCCCGUUGCUUACCAGCAACAGCCCGUUAUAUAUCACGAAUCGCCUCCAUUAUUUGCUCAAAAUACCUAUCCUCUUGGAACUGAUUUUAACGGGAUUAAUCCUUUUGCAUAUGGAAAGUCGAGCGUUCCAAAGCACAAGCUCUCAAAGAAAAAGCAUUCUAAGGUAGAGAAGUACUCCGAUAAGAAUGUGGAACUGGAUACGAAAAACUCACGUAUGAGGUCAAAAAACCGACAAGAGAAUAAAGAGACCUCUCCGGCCAGAAAAAACAAUAUUGUAAUCCAUCGUCCACCCAUUAUAUACCAUCCUCCUCCUGAGAUCUAUCAUAGACCAGACGUUGUGGUACAUCGACCAGACAUCUUGGUGCACCGUCCAUCUUUCGUGUAUGGUCAACCAUCCGUAGUCCUGCAUCGUCCUGCUGUUGUCUAUCACGAACCUGAUGUCGUGUUUCAUCAACCUUCACCUAUGAUCAGCAAACCUAUCUAUUACUCAAGGGACGAGUAUGCACCGACAUCUGUGUAUGAGCAUGUUGGUUCAACUUUAUAUCACGGACAUGUUUUUCAAGAUGUUCCUUCCAGUCUUAAUUACGGAAUGUCAAAUGCAUUUACAAAAUCUAAAAUUGAAAAUGCCCAGGUUCACCAUCACGACGAUUACUUGCAAAGCAAAGAAAAUGGCCGCAAAAUGCACGAGAAAACUAUACGAGAUGAGCAGAAGGUACGUAGUGGCAAAAACAAAGUUUCCAGUCACUAUAAAAAGAGAAAAGGUCAUCGCAGGAAGAGGAAAGAUCGUAAUAGAAACGAACACAAAAGGCAUAAUCUAAUUGUGCAUCGUCCACCUAUGAUAUAUCACCCUUCCCCAGCGAUAUACCAUCGUCCCGUUGUCGUGAUGCACCAUCCGGACGUCGUUAUUCAUCGGCCGAGUAUCGUUGUUCAGCCGCCAGCAGUGGUCUUUCACAAGCCAGCGGUUGCGUACCAUCAACCACCGGUUGUGUUUCAUGAACCUUCACCCAUGGUCAAUCAACCAUUUUAUCAUUCCCAUGAUGCAUAUGUUUCUCAUCCCAUGUUGACGUAUGUCGGUGGUCAACUAGAGUCCGGUGAUUCCUCUCUCUCCCAUCCCAGUUAUGGUUAUGAUAACACUCUUGAUUUCCAUGGAGAUUUGAGCAGUAUUUCUGGUGACGUCAACACUCAUCCUGUUUUUGGGAAGUCAAAGAUUGCGAAAGGAGGGAAACAAUCGAAAACUGUCUACAAUAAAGAGAAACACCAUCACGAUCGAUCCAAACGAAAAAAAGUUAAGUAUGAACCUCGCGAAUACAACAAACGCGACGUGAUUAAGGCAAAAACUCGACGAGUUCAACUUCCUCGCGCACAGAAAGAGAAGACGGAACGUGGAACGAAGAAAAACGAUAUCGUUGUUCGACGUCCACCGAUAAUUUACCAUCCACCACCAGAGGUUUAUCAUCGUCCAGACAUUAUAGUCCAUCGUGCACCAAUCGUGAUUCGGCGUGCGCCACUUGUGUAUCAUCAAGCACCGGUGAUUGUACACAGGCCUGCGGUUGUGUAUCAUCAGCCAGCGGUCGUAUUCCAUCAACCUCCUCCAACCGUACACCAACCUAUUUAUCAUUCAAUUGACACGUUCAAUGUUCAUCCACAACUAAAAUACACGCCAGUGGGUAGCAAUAUGCAUGAGGUGGGACAUUACGUGGGCGCACCUAGUGAAAUGUUACAUCAUUUUACGAUGCCCACCAUUUCAAGAGCCGCACCCAUGGAUGUGCAUUCUAUACAGCGUAGGGCCAUAAUUGAGCGACACAUCUCACCCGUGACUCCAUUCAAUUUCGUCCGUGAUCGUCAGUUGUCGUUAGAAUCACCACGUUCAACUAUACCGUACCCUUCUCUUUAUCCUCACUCGCUUACCUACAAUUCGUUUCCCUGGGGGAGAUACCCCGUCAGGUCAAUGCGAUCUGUUGUAGAAGAUCCUUACAGAAAUCUUGGUGAAGCUACGAUUGUCCCUCGUCAUUUUUCCUCAUCACUUUAUCACCCUAAACUUUUCCAACGUCCUCGUGUUGAUGUGAACAUCGAAACUAUCAGGUCUAAGCUUUCCAAACCAAAUAACCGUGAACGCAGGCAGCCAACAUCAAGUUCCUCGCAAUCUGCCGUACAUUCUUCUCAAGUUCUGCCUUCACAUUCUGUUCCUCGAAGCAGACGACAAAUUUUAGCAAGUUUACCCCUUGUGAAUAGUCAACAGAUCGCACCAUUUCAUGCAUAUUCUCCGAAUGCGCAACCCUAUGAUGGUACACCACUAUCAUCUAAACGCUUUAAUGAGCAAAUAGGAGUCUACAGAGAUUUGCUAGGAGCCAUCUACCCGGGGGGUACUCACGCUCGUCCUAAAGUAAACAUUCUUGUUCAAUCUGCUAGAUCUAAAAUUCCAGCUUCCAAGAAAUCUGGUAUUUUCGAGAAUUCGCUGAAUCAGAAUAACGUCGAUGCUUUCAAUACUAUGCCCGAGGUAACGACAAUCGAGCCACCGUUGCUUAGAGACGGUGUUCGAGUCAACAUGGUUCAUUUGAACGAUCCCACCGAGAGCCCAAAUUCUGUCUUCUCCACCAUGAACAUUCAACGGACAUACGAUGGUAAUGAAAACCUUGCCAACUACGGAGGGAAUGCUCUGGGAAUUGGUUCUCGUGGAAAUUUCGAUUUAAAGAAACGAAAGAAAUCGUUGUUACCCAAGGCAUCGUGGAGGGAUGUGAACGCAGAGAAGAAGUGGUGGGUUCCAGAUGCUUUCCGAAAAUACACUUUUGCUGAUCGACCAGUGUAUGUAGGCGAUCAGAGCAUGUUGGGCCGAUCGGCAAACACCGAUGUCUCCGAAAUACGAUUCGUUAAUCAAGAGGAACAGAAUGGGCAUAAACUUCGUGACAUUCAACAGGAGACCAGACCUCAAAUGGCUCGGCCAAAUGUCAACGUGAAUAUUGAAACUUAUAAGAAACAUGACGUUUUCUCUUCAAAUAAUUUACCCGAUAAACCUCGACCGAACUCUAAUACGGGUAAUGGCAAAACCUCGAAGGGCUUCGUUCCAGGUACACGCGAACAGAAUACUAACAAUCCUGUUCAUAAACGUCAGCAAAUAUUACGAAGCUCGCCUCUUGCUCUGGCUCUUCCUAGUUUACGGAGCCGCGUGAACACGGAAAGUAAAUCGAGUGGGUACACCGUGAUUCCCGUUCCGGACACCCUGUUCCCGGCUCGUAAUGACGUAAUACAACCUGCUAUUGGAUCUCAGUUUUCAACUUUCCCUGGUGAGAAAAUGUUUGCUAAUCCAUUACGUGUAGCUCCUUCUCCCUCACAGUAUACAGGCUACCCUAUCAAUCCAUGGAAGGCCAUUCAAAGACCAAAAGUGAACAUAAAUGUGCAGACAGCAAAGUCGAAUAUCCCAUACUCAUCAAAACGGAUUAUUACCCCACGCUUUAAAAGGGAAUUUCCCGUUCUUUACAACAUCAUCAAAGCAAAAGUGAAACUGGAUCAAGCAAAGGGAGUAGGAAGUGCGCGGCGAGAUAAGAGACAGGCUACAAUGAUGUUCCCAUUGGAUGGUAAAUUUCUUCAAAACGUUAUACCGGAUGGUAAUUUGCUUGCCAAACGAUUUUUAUAUGGAACCGUUCCCAGAUAUCCGAAUUCCAACGUUCUAAUCGCGAGAGGUUUGGGACCAAAAACAGAAGAACAACCUGUAGAGACGAGGGGUUCUGAUUUAGUAUUGCCUUCAUCUGACAAGCUGCUUAAGAACGACGUCUCUCAGAAUUUUAAUGACUUCGCAAAGAUGCAACGUCAUGAAGCGAAUGCCUUCAAGGUCUUCAGCUCCGGUCAGCAGUCUUCCCCGUUCCUGAACGUGGAACCCAAGCAAGACAGCUUUACUGCCUUACCUUCUUUACCUGCGCAAGCUGACCCACAAGAAUUCGUUCCCGCACCUCAAGGCGCCGAGGGAGUGUCGUUUCUUCCCCAACCGUCUCUUGCUUCGUUUUCUGGUCUACCGCAAUUGUUACCGACCAGCGAUCAACAGCAAAUACCCGCUCAACUAAUUUCCCAGACUCCAACAGAAAUCGUUCCGGCUUUUGUUCAAGGUAAACCUGAAUCCGAAUUACAAAACCCAUUAGCUCCAAUCAUUCAGCCUCUACCAUUGAUUCAAACACUUCAAUCUAAGGCUUUUGAGUUCCCAGGUCAGACAACCGAUUCUCCAGCCGGUAAGAAAAAUUCAUUCGCUGAUGUGAGCCCGCUAAAUGUACCUUUGGGUUAUGGACCCCAGUUUCCCAUGUCUGGCUUACCCUUUCCGUUCUUUCAAAUGGCACCAAUGGUGAUCCCUCGAAUGGGAUUAAAUCCAGAAUCACCUUAUGUAAGGUCAAUCCGUCCGCAGCAGAAUAUCGACAGACCUUCCGUAAAUAUACAAGUUCAAACAUCAAAAUCUAGAAUACCAAAGCUUAAAAAGAAGUCAGAUGAAAAGGAACAAAAACAUAAGAUAAAGACACAUUUGGAAGACCGUUUUUUUGCAUCCAUUCUUUCUAUGGCGAAGCGCCGAGAGUGUAUGAGAAUGACAAUAUUGCUCUCGUUUGUGUUACAUAUAUUUUUGACGAGCGUGCUCGCUGUGAAAUCGACAGAGAUCAAAGAUCGGAAGCAGAAAAAUCACGGUAACAGCGAGAAUGCAGUGAAAUCUUCAAAACAUCAACUUAUUCCGGGAUUUGGCGAUCACUCUGAUUUUGGUUAUGGUGGAUCAGAGCAUUUUGGCCUACACCACACACAUUACUGGGGACAGCUUGGGGACCACACUGCCGAAAUAGGCCCACAUACCCCUCCUAUAAAUAUCGGACCUCAUUCCCCGCCAGUCCAUAUUCCUCCACAUGUACCCGCCGUCCAUCUUGGUCCUCGAAUCCCAACCAUUCAUGUUGGUACUCAUGCUCCCUUACUACAUGUACAUCCACAUACACAUUUCGUUCAUAUGGCCCCACCAGUACCUAUUGUUAAUGCCUACUCACCCGGUCAUCCAGUGCAUGUGAUGUCCCCGUCAACCGUCUAUCAUCAAUCCCCUGUUGUCUAUCAUCACCCUCACGUAAUGCCAUAUGCUGGUUUGGGUGGCUAUGGGUCUGGUUUUGGUGGCUAUGGGUCUGGUUUUGGUGUUCCAGGUUACUCUGAUGUCGGAGGUGGUGUUGUUGCAUUUGGGCGGUCUCUAAUCCCCAUGAUUACGUUGGCUUCACCUUUCUCUGAAAGCGACGAUGAUGACGAUGAUGACGAUGACGAUGAUGACGAUGACGAUGUAGAGGAGAAUGCUGAUACGGAAGAUAACGUGCAAAACGACAAGGUAAAAAGCGACGAUGACAACAAAGACGUGAUCCAAGAAGAUGAUCAUCGUAAAAAUGUUGAUAACAGAGAAGAAAAAAACACUAAAACCAACAAGGAAAAGCGAAGCGCGAGCAGCAAACGGGAGAAACGUCAAUUUGGAGCUUGGCAUCCAUAUUCACAUGUCGUAAAUGUUGGACCACAUACACCACCUAUUCAUGUUGGACCACAUUAUCCACCUGUACACAUCGGACCACAUGUCCCCUCUGUUCAUAUUGGACCCCAUAUACCUGUUAUCAACGUACCAUCUCAUGUACCAGCGAUACACGUCCGACCGCGUGUCCCAGCUGUUCAUUUGGGUCCACCCGUGCCUAUUGUUAAUGCUGGUAAUCAUUUCCCAGCUGUCCAUGUUACGUCACCUCCUACAAUCUAUCACCGACCACCUAUUGUUGUACAUCAACCACAUAUUGUUCACGAAGGACCUUACGGCAUUCCGCCACCUGCAGAAUCUGCGCCAUUUGCUGGUGUACCUCAUCCGGCUGCAUUAUCUGCUGAACCACCGCCUGUUAUCGCUGGUCCAUCUCCAGCAUUACCUUUCGCAAGCUCUGUUGGUCCAGUUCCGUUUUCAGCAACUGGUCCAUUACUUGGCCCCAGUCCCUUAAUGGCACGUGCUCCUCUGCCUGGACCAGUUCCUUUAGCUGGAGCUGGUGCGUUGCCAGGUCCUCUUCCAUUUAGUCCAUCAUUUGUGAAGAGAACACAAGUGACAAGACCAUCUACAAAUAGAUUUUCUCUACGCACGUUACUCAACUCGGUUCGAAGUCGACGUCAAGCCCCAAACAGCGACAGCGUGAUAUUUGUUCAUCCAAACGGCCAUACCAGUAAGCCUUCCACUGAUCCUGAAUUCGGGUCAGCCGGAAGUCGUUCCAUGGAUGGAAAUUCUAAUCCAGAACUUGAGAAUCUCAAGAAUGGUCCUGGCGCGUUCAGAGAUAUGGGUGGUGGUUUAGGAGGACCCAGCUUAGGAGGGUCGGCGGAUAGGAGCAUGGCUCCGUUUGGACUUCCUUUUAUGGCUGGUGGACAAGGUGAAUUACAAGAUGCUGGCAUCGGCAGCUCUGCAGGUGAAGCAAUGGCUAGGUUUGGUGGUUUAGGCGAUACACCUGGAUCGCUUGGAGGUCUGGGAACCGGUGAGAAAAUGCCUCCCGGUGUUGCUGGACUAGCUGGAUUAAGUGACGGCGGACAACUCGGAGGACCUGGUGGACUUGGAGGACUUGGAGGACCUGGUGGACCUGGUGGACUUGGAGGACCUGGUGCUUUUGGAGGACCUGGUGGACUUGGUGAUCCCUUGGGAGCUGGAGGCGCUGGCCCAAUGAAUGAUGGGCCUAUGAGUGGUUUACCAGGCUUGGGUGGUAGUCCAGAAGGUCCACCAGGAGGAUUACUUGGUGGUAGUCCUCUUGCUGGUGCUGGUCCAAUGGGAGCCGGUGGGAGUAUAGUUGGAGGAUUAGGUGCAAUGCUAGGUGGUGGGGGAUUAGGUGGACUCGGAGGUGGAGGUGGUAUGAGUGGCUUAGGAGGUAUGAGUGGAGGAUUUGGUAUGAGAUCUAAAGUAGAGAAACCCAGGCAACACAAUAAAAUUGAUGUGAGUAAAUUGAAAUUAGACAAAGGAGAACGAAAGGAAAUUGUAAAAAAGAACAUCAUUCCCGUUCCUGGAGCUUAAAUAGUAAAAGUAAAAUCAGAAAUAGUCGAGUUUGCAAUAUAAGAAAUGUACAUGAAGUUUUUCAGACUUUGUAUAGAUUGGACAUAAUGCAUCGUGGACUAUAGCAGUUUCAUAAGUCUUUUCCUAUGGAAUACUACGUCACAAUAGCUGUCGAUACGAUAGACUACAGUGUGAUGCUCACAAUUAAUAUCACUUGUUAUUGCCAAUAUUUGAACAUAUAUGUAUGUCUGAAGAAAUAAUUUCAUUUAGAGUUGAUGUGAAAUUCAGAUCUAAGUGAGCGGAUGUAAAGUCUCUUCCUUUCGUAUAAUGUAAAGGAACUCGGA